ACCAAGGAGCACCCCUUCGUAAUCGGAGUCGAAAAAGCUUAGUGUUAGAUGUCCCCCCUAGAGAUUGUUUUGUAACGCCACCAAGAUAUCCUCGCAAUUAGAAGCACGGCCCCGGCUCACAGCUGAAGGUCCCUGCUAUCAGCUUCUCUGCCUCUUUACGAGGGUCACGAAUUCACAAGGGCAGGACCCAAGACGAAUGUAGUUUGUCGCGUCGAGAAAAUAUUUCAACACACAUUUGACCUUGAAAAUGAUGCGCGGGCUUUUGGCCACGGGCGCUGUUGUUGUAGCGCAAGGUCUCGCGUACGCUGCACUUUUGCUAUCGAUGAAGUUUAUCUUUGUCCAUCUGGAUUUUCCCUACCCGCUGUUCAUCUCGGCUUGCAACAGCUUUUGCGGAGUUCUUAUCUUGCUUUUUUCUUCCGCUGUAGCACCUAUUUGCACGACGAAAAGUAGUCGAAACAUUCGCGCCGCUUCAAAUACAUCCGCGGUUGUCGAGGGGGAAGAGCUACUUUUGAGCGGGAGCACGAAGAACGCCACUGAGUCCCGACGAAUCGCACAAGCGCCGACUGCAAUUCCUUUUCCGGGCACCGCGCAGCAAUGUGACGAUGGAGCUAUGAGCAGCUUGGGGUGGAGAAAGGUCUGAAAAUGGAAGAGAUUCUUCGAGCGCAAAGACAUGAUAAGAGGCAAGCGGCCCCCUUCACCGCCUGCUCACGAGUUUGCCUACAUCCACUUUGCAUAUUUUGUGGUCGCGCCCAGCGCCGCUUUUUUAUUAUCCGCGUAGAGAUUUUUGAGGCAGCGCCGGCGGCUUUGCCUACUCUCGAUGCUACUUAGAAGGCGCGGGUCGUGGGAUCUCUCUGUACUAGCUCAGCUUCUGUCGAACACAGAAGAAGCAGAGCCACCUCUACACAAGGUUUUCGCCUACAAAAAAAAAAUACACAGGAUUUCUUCCAUGUAAGACCAAACUCCAACUUGGCAAUACCAUAGUGGGCGCAACCGUACUGCGUCUGGCCUCUUCAUGUUCCAGCACCACGGCCUCUAGUGAAGAAGACCAUGAUUACGAUGCAGCAGAACCGCAAAGGCAGAGGCAGGGCGGUUGCCAUGGGGCUCAGACGUUCAUGAACACGGGGCGCAGGAUGCCUGAGCACGGUGAAAUUGUCCCCGGCAGGGCCAAUCAUGAAGACGCCCAAAUCUGUUGGGGCACAAAAUGCCACGCACUUGAAGGUGAAGGCGCCCAAAAAGCUUCUGCUAUCGGUCGAAGCGCACCACAAUUGGCGCCCGCUCUUGACUACGGUGCGCUGAUUUAUUUCGGCGGUUUCUUUGGUGCAGUAAAUAUCGGCUUUUCUUUAUUGCAAUAGAAGUCUUGCGCUAGGUCAGAAUCAGGAGAGUGAAAUUAAUAUGGAAUUACUUCGGGAGUAUUUGGGUCUGGGCGGGCCUGCGCCUGCGCCAUACAACCGAGCGAAGGCGAUGAAGUGCCAGUGGCCAUGUCGAAGUCCGGCCCUGGCUGGGUGCUCAUGACAAACUACAAAGGUUCUUUCUAUGCACAAACCGAAGCUGCUACUGCAGUACACAUCGCACAGAUCUCUCGACCACCUGGCGCAAGAAUUUGCUUUCAUACUGCAAUCUGGCGCUCAGUCUCCUGGAUCCGCCGAGUUACGGAGUAUUGAUGAAAAACCUGCUGCUGUCGGAUGUAGUUGUGUUCUUUCUGCUGGAUUCGCUAAAUCGGAGAGGUGACGCGAAUGAGCACCAAGCGACAUCCAGUGCGGCCGCCAUUAAGGCGGGGAAGGCCGAGAAUGCGUCCUUGGGGGCGGAAGCGGCCCAGAAUGGCCGCACAACACUCGCAUCUUCAACCGGGCAGCCGCCAUCAGGAGAAAAUGAAGACACGCGAUGGUUGGCCCGAAGGUACCUUUUUCCGUGGCACGCGUUGCCGAGCCCCUUCCGUGUUUGUUUGCAGCUGGGCCUGGUCUUGUGUGGUGCGGUCGGCUCUGCGUGGCUGGUGGCCUCGCCAUCGGACGCGAACAAAGCUGGCGAGCCCUCUGAAGCUGCGGGCGGACAAGAACUGGACCAGACCGAGCAGGGCCAGUGGGGUCCCCUGCUCGGCACCGCCUUCUGCUUCCUCGCCCUUCUGUUUUCCAGCCUGAAGGAUGCGGUUAGGCAGUACUGCUUGCACGAGGAAAAGCGAUUGCCCAUGUUGCUGGAGCAGCUUCUCGGCCUGGGAACUGCAGCAGCUUCGUCUUCGGGCAGGUUUGUCGACACCGAUGGCCCGCCGGUGGUGGGGAGGGUUGCGCGCCAUGGAAAUCCUGACCACCUCAGAAUGGGUGACAAAGAAGUUGCCAAAGGCAAAGUCGCCAUUUGUGUCGUCCAGUACUCGGCCAGGGCUUGCGCCGUGCAGUUUUUGUGCCUGCUCGUAGGUGCUUUGGGCAUCGAGGGCCGAGCGCCAUUCCGAAUCUUCGAAGCCGAACUGAUGGAGGCUUGUGGCGUCGUUGUGACUUCAUCUUCGCAAGAGGGGCUGCAGCACAGGUCCAGAAGCUUUCUUCUUGUCGGGUGUAUUGUGCUUUGUUGUCUUCUCGGAUUCGCGGUGACAACGGCAACGGCUGAGCUGUCGAAGCUGACAGAUGUGGUUUCCCAAUCUUGCUACCGGUACGCGAGCUUCCUGCUUCUCACGGUUCUUUCCUUUGUUGUUUUUGGCCAGGUUCUGACCGCGCCACAGAUGGCACUGUGCGGGCUGAUGUUCUUCGGAAUAAUUUGGUUUGCGGUGGACUUCCAUUUUUGUGGGAAACGCGACGGCGCCCAAAAAAGUACAUUACCCGCGGUAUCGCAAACGCCGGGAGCCGGUGCUGUCCGUGAUGCGCUGACAGGUGCGCCCGACCUCCCUCCUCGCGCUGCAAUGAUUACUGCGGCUGGCAGUGGGGCCAUUGCGAAGAACCGUCCGCCAAUUUCCUCCGGGCCCAGCGGGGGCACCGACACAAGCGGAAGCACAUGGCCGGCACAAUGCCGCGUUGCUUUAACUGCCUUCGUGUCUGUUGUGGCAAUUGCUUUCCUUUCGCACAAUGCAAGUGGCGCGCGCUUGCGCACCGGAGCUGCUGCGCGGGGUGUUGCGGCUGUUCUGCCAGGCCUGUCGCUGAAGCGGACCACGCGCACAGCCCAGGCAGCGCCGCGAGCCCCUGCUCGCGUCGUGCAAUUUUUGCCCGGGCAGAAGAAAAGGACCAAAGCCCGCCCGGCGAAAUUUGUAAAAGCCCCGCCCCCGCCACGCCCGCCAAGGGCCCCGGGCAAAAGCAGUGGGCCCAAUGCCGAACCGCCGCCGGGCCCCCGCGCGCCAGUUCCGCUCGCGGCCGUCCCCGGUAUGGAAGCCCCGCCCGGGCGAAUGGCUCCGGCCGCCGCCCAUUUCGGACAGGAGAAUUCGGGCGAAAAAGGUGGUGGGCGUGCCGCUGAAGAAUUCGCCAGUGACGCAUAUUGCCCGCCCUGGUGUUACAGGCUCAGCUAUGUACUCACAUUUUUCUUGUGUGAUGUGUUUCCUAGUAUUAUUGGUUGUAUGUUGUGCGCGUGUGUGCGGCGGGGCCUCUGGUGCUUAUAACAUACAAUGUAUGUUGCUUGUGCCUAUCUCCUCAUGCCAUUGACAGCGCGCAAGACAAGGGCAAGCUUUAGCCCCUUAUGGCAGCAUCCAUUGGGCCUCAGGGCGUAAGCCUGUAUAUAGCAUAGACGAUAGGCGCCGCAGACCUCACUCGUAGCAGCUCGCCCCCGCUACAGUGAUCUCUCAAAGCUAGUUUGCAUUUUUGCCCGCUACAGUGGUCUCUCAUACUUCUUGACUUUGCAUUGCAAUAUAUGGCAUGGCGCAAGAUAGAGGCCACGCCGCUUCGUUAUUUAACAGUGGGACCAGCAUCACUAGGACUAGUUGUAACGGUUGAGAACGUUGUAGCACCUGAGCUGGUGAUAACGCGACAGCGGCCGGCGCUGAGACAUUUUUCCAAAGCGGCCCCCUGCUGACAGAGCAGGCCGCCAGCAAGAGCGCUGCUCCUGCAGACGUGGUGGAAGGUAGCGGAACAGAGAGUGCUGCCGCGGUUGCUGCGAACGACAAGUACCCAUUGGCGGCGCAUGGCACCGACUUGAAGCGGCUCAGCAUUUUUCUUAAUCCGGAGAGAGUCGUGCGCAGUGGGUCGGCGGCAGCGAUCGGCGGGGAGCGCGCGGACUUCCAGGCCCGCGGCCCCGCAGAGGAUGUUGCCAGGGGCGAGGCCUGCACCUGCGGGCGCUGGGGUGAGUUUACCAAAAUGCAGGGGCGUGGCGAGCUUGGGUUCUGUGGCAGCAUCGACGAAAAAACUGCAGCUGGGCGACUGCAAAUCGAGCGCAGGUUGGAAACUGCCCGCGGCUAUACACCAACCUGUUGCAUGAGGCAGACAACGCAGGUCCUGUGGGAUCUCGCCGACAAUGUGUUCGACAAGUACGGUCUGGAAUACAAGUUGAGCGGCGGCACUGCUCUUGCCGCGAUUCGCUGCGGGAGCAUGACGAGCUACGACUAUGACCUCGAUCUGGUCGUGUAUGCGCCGGGGUCUGUGGAGGUCGCGAGAGACCAGCUGCGGGCGUGGGCGCAGGGCUUUCGCAGCAGCAAUGGAACGAACACGGCGCAUGGCGGCCCCGGUGCAUUUUUAGAAGCACGCGCCGCGACUGACGGUGCACCUGUGGAAGACGCGGCGGCGCGGGCGGUUGAAGCGCACCUACGCGCGCGCGGAGUUUGCCCACCUCUGAUUGCCGAAGCCCUUGGCGCUCUCGCCUCGCCUGGUCCGAAAGAACCCGGCCCGCAGCUUGCCGGCGGAAAUGGCGCAGCCACUCGCGGCGCCGUGGGUCCGCAGGCUCUGCUGCAGAAGGCGGACAGCUUUUCAGAAGUGCAGGAGCUACGCCAGGAAAGCCGCCGCCCUAAAGCCGGGCCGCGCGCACAUCGCAUGCAGGCGUUUGGCAACUGCCGAGCGGGCUCAGACUGUCUGUGCACCGCCGCCCGGCCCCUCGCGGUAGGUUCGCUGGGUGGUAGCACCGCGGGAGCAGGCGGCCGCCGGGGAAGUUGAGCAAGCGAUUGCGCCGCACCCAGCUAACACGCCUGCCGGCCGCCAAUUGCUUUGUUUGCGGUCGUGUGUGUGGCGCCCCCCGCCCCUUCCUACCUCCCCGGCGCGGGCGCGGGAUUGGUUGGGCCCGCAGUUGUUUCGCGGCUGGCGUAGAUUUUGGGGCAGCGGUUGGACGGGGCGCAGGAUUAUGGCGCCCGCCGGCCCUUUCGUGCGCCGGCCCGCCGUUUUCAGACAGGCGCUCCGUCCGCCCGACGGCCCGUUCGCCAAGGAAGCCCCGAGACCACGCUUGCCGGGCGCCUAAGAUUGUUAGGCGCGCGCCCUGGCCAAAGCCGUCCCGCGGCCCGCCGCCCCGCCCAUCGAAGUAAAAUUUCAAGCGCCUGGCGGCGCGAUGGGCCCCCCCGCCCUCGGACGGCCACGCCCCCGCCCGCCCCCCCCCCCGCAUGACGCCCCCGGCGGCGCGGCCGCGCCUUUCUUUGUUUCUUUUCUUAUUUCGCCCCGCCGGGCCAGGGCCGGCGCGUCUGGAUGGCCGCCAGCCUGCGCCCCCGCCGCCCGGCCUGUAGUGCCUUUGCUUUGAAGGCGCCACCCCGCCGGCGGCUUUUGGAGGUUGGUUCCGGGGGGCCGCGCGGCAGGGGGAUCGACUAGUUUCCCGGGGCCGGGGGGCGGGAAAUUCUUUUGGCGCGGAGUGCGACGCGGGUGAAGUUUGUGCCGAGUGGCAAUCCCGCUAGCUAGCGCGCUGCACAAAGAAAAACUGCAUGCAAAAAACCUGCAAUGGCACGCAGUGUUACGCUUCUGUUUUCGCGCAGCCUGGCCAGGGCCGGCACAGCUGGUCGCAUGCUCUGCCUGGAGUGGCGUGCGCCAAUUUGGUCCGAGCCCUUGGAAUAGCGGCUCCCGCGCUUUUUUUUUAACAGGCCGGCCCGGGUGAUCAAGGUGACCCCGCGUUCCCGGCGCGGGCAUCCACAGGGGCGUGGCCUUGAUUGUGGCAUACAGGUUCGCACGCCCCACCGAAUGGUCGCGCGCCCGACGCCCGGCGCCAGCCGUUUCUCGCAAGCGCGGCGGCCGCCGCCGGGGCCGCCCGCACGCUGCAAAAAUCAGUGCCCAGCGGCCGGCUUUCAGAAAAAAACACGCCCCUGCCCCACGCGGCGGCGGCCCGCCCGCCUCGAUCUUGCCUGGGCAGGGCGGGCAGCAGCCAGUGUAUGUCGCUAGGGCGCGCCGGCCGCCUUUUUUUUUGCCUUGCUUUAUUCGACACGCCUGCGGCCCUUGCUUUGUUGCGGGGCGCCCUGCCCUCGUUGUUGCCGCACAGAAAAUCCCGAGCAUGGUGCGCCUCUUCCGGUGCGCGAUGUGCGGGUCAGAAGCCCCUUGACAGAAUCCGCCCGGCAAUUGCACGCAAGCGGGGCGGCGGGGGGGGGGCGGCCCGGUCAGGUUGCGGCGGCCUCCGCAGAACUGGCCAAGGGCGGUGGACCGGGCGGUAAUUUGCCGCCCCCCCGCAGUUCUGGCACCGCACGCAGCCGCCCCGGUGCGCCCUACAAUUGGCCCGGCCGCGCCAAUUUUGCGGGGAAGGUAGGGCGCGCGCCCUGCGCCCGAUCCGGGAAAAGAGAAACCUUUUCUCCCGGGCCGCCCGCCCGCCCCAAGUCUUCUUGCCGCGCGCUUGGCUGCCCACUACGACAUCCACUGGUUGUCUCCUGCCCGCGCUUGGCCACGUUCUUUGUGGCGGGCGGUUUUCCUAGUUGUAGCGGCGCGUUGAAGAUGGCGGACGGGGAGCUGAUGGCGCAAGCUUUCUGCGGAGCGAUGCUGCGAAAUUUCGGCGCGCGGCUUCGGAGUUUCUUGUUCUUCAGCGGUUGGGCCCGAUGAAUUUUCAGCCGCGCCCCGGGCCGAGGAAUUUCGAAAUAACUGGAACAUUUGAAAACAAACAGCCGGGCGCCGUCCAAAAUGGAUCGGUGCAUGUUGAUAUCGGCGUUGUCGAUGAACAUCCGCCGGCCCUUCGCCCCGUGUUUUUCGGUGGCCGAAUUGUCAAGGCGGCCGCGUCUGCGCGCGAAGACUUGCAGGAGCACUAUGGCGUGUCUUAUUUCACGCCCUUGCGCUGGGAAAAAUGGGGCCACAAGAUUGAGUCGGAGGCGUCGAGAGACACUUGCGAGGACAAAUCUUGCGAAGCGGCGCGGGCAGAAAUGCGUGCCAAGCUGUGUCCUGUUGUUCCGGACUUGAUGUUCGGGGAAGCAGCGCACGAUGAGUGCUGAAACGUGCGCGACGCUGUUGGCGGCGCUUCGGGUUUUCAACUCUACGCGGGCCACCUUGCCGACGUUUCCAGCCUCCAAAGUUUUAUAUAAGAAGAACAAAUUCAUUAUUAUCGAAUGCAAAUAUGUCUGGGUCUGGAAGAUAAAGAUUGCAACCUGUGAUGCUAUCUUUGGAUUCUGAAAACAAAAAAUCUGUAUUGCAUGACCAGCAAGAGGACUCCAGUUUGUGCUACGCUGGGGGGGAUUCCUCAUGCGGAAUAGGCAUCAGGACGCCCUCUAAAAAUCUGUGUCAUGCACUACAGGUAUCAUGGGCAACGCGAACUAUGCAUGACAAACCUGGCAAUCUUCCAGAGCCAGACCCAGACAUAUUUGCAGUGCAUAAAAAAGGCGAGCAAUGCGCGAAAAGGCGCGACCACAUGAUCACGAGGUGUGGAGCGUUUAUCUUUCCUCAUGCCGGCCUUCAAGAACGAUCGACGAAGACCUUUUUAGAGUAGAUUUCGAUGUAGAACAUCCACAGCAAAGGGAGUAGUAGCAAAACGUAAAAUAAAGUAGAAAAAAAGUCAAUUUCACUUGAACAAAAAAACGGUUUCUCCCCGUCGCAACACAACUUUUAGGUUUCUCACUUUUAGACUUUCAGCAGCGCUUUCAUUUUUUGCACCAGGCUUUUAGAGUCUUUUACUCGUUUUUCGCAACGGAACAAGAUUUCUCAAAAACAAGUUCUGCUUUUAAAACAGAAUCGCUUCAAGUAAACUUUAAACUCUAAAAACUUUCGACUUCAACUUUUUGACUUUUCAACCUUAAUUUAUAAGUAGUUUUAUAGCAGGACUUCUGCUGUCUCUAGCUUUCUUUUUUUCAGGUCUAAGCCAAAGGCUCUUUGGCAACAAGAUGCUUUUUCCUUGAAAUAGCUCUAGAAUCGUGAGAAGAGGGCAAAACCUUCAACCGGAUGCCACGAAUCCAACGAUACAAACACACAAACAGCCUCAAUUUUUUUCUAACAAGCAGCCCUGUCCUCUGUUAUUCUUAUUUUGCUUAAACCAUAACCACAUGAAUUACUAAUGUGCCAGUGCCGGUAGAGAUAUCUCAGGGCUUCCCAUGCCUGAUUUGUGUGGCCAUUGCGGGAUAAAAUCCGAAGGUUGUAACGUGGAGGGGCUACUUACUUUCGAAUUAUUGGUCUACACACUCAGCACCACCAUUCUAUCAGGAGUAAGCCCCUUCGGAAUAUCUCGGAAAAGCAAAAGGACGAUAACAGAACUUUUGGAUCUCUUCGCCCGCCACUGCACAGUAGUGCGUAGCUUAUCCACCGUGAAGCAGGGCUGCUAUUCCACAAAGUUUAAGUUUCCUUUUGUAUUCAUUUGAGCUCCACAAUUUUCACUUUGUAGGCCCACACGUGCACAAAAUAAGUUCAAAGCGCCAAGAGAAGGCGCAGCUCUACAUUGAGUAUUUAAUAUGGCGCCAUCAGUUGAGUUUCUAUCUGUGCUAUCUCUCCCGAUUCGCAAACGCAUUUUUCCCCGAAAAACAAAAAUCCCAACCUCCACUUGAAGAUUUCAUGUAGACAUAGGUACCCCCUACUCAAAUCACACCUAGGAAACGAAAACAAGUAGGGCGGCGAUAGUUCUCUCUCGAAAGGUAGACCGCACCUUUUCUACGUCUCGUUCAGAUCAUGAUAUCCCCCGGGGUUUUCAUGUUGUAGCUUCGUUUUACUCGAGAGUGGAGGCC